GUUUAUUGUUGGCGUGAUGGGCUUCACAUUUCGCUUCGGCGAGAUGGGCUUUUGUGUGGAGUGGCCCAACAUCUUUGGAGAAGCCUUAACAUUAUAGUCCAACCGAAUCCGGUAACCUGAAAAACUUUUCGGUUUUGUUUCGACACUGAAUUUUAAAAUCAUUAAUUUAUAAAGCUUGCGUGAUCAUUAGUCACUAACCAAAUUAUUAUAAGACUUUUAAAAAGAGAGAAUAUUAAUGAGUUUCAUUGGCCCGACCCGAGCACUUAAAGACUAGUGGAAUCGUCUCUUUCUCUGUUCUUUUCGCCUAAUCUAAUCUCAUCCUUCUUCAUUGGUCAACAUCUUUUUUUCGUCAACAGCUCUUGUAACCGGAGAAAAUGGAGGCAGUUACGGCGAUGAAGCCAUUGAUCAGAGUCGCUGCUCUCUCCGGUUCACUCCGAAAAGGCUCUUUCAACACCGGUCUCCUCCGCGCCGCAAUCGAUAUGUCGAAAGAAUCGGUCCCGGGGAUGCAGAUUGAGUAUAUCGACAUAUCUCCGUUGCCGUUGAUCAACACCGAUCUGGAAUCCAACGGGACUUAUCCUCCGGUCGUCGAAGCUUUCCGGCAGAAGAUCCUUGAAGCCGAUAGCAUUCUGUUCGCUUCCCCUGAGUACAACUUCUCUGUCUCAGCUCCUCUUAAGAACGCUAUUGACUGGGCUUCAAGAUCACCGAACGUUUGGGCUGACAAACCCGCCGCCGUCAUAAGCACCGGUGGGGGAGCUGGUGGAGGAAGGUCGCAGUAUCAUCUUCGACAAAUCGGAGUGUUCCUUGAUCUUCACUUCAUCAACAAACCCGAGUUUACUCUCAAUGCGUUUCAGCCGCCUCAGAAAUUCGACGCAGAAGGGAACUUGGUCGAUGAAGCGGCUAGGGAGAGGCUGAAACAAGUUCUUGUCUCGUUACAAGCAUUUACUCUGCGGCUUCAGGGUAAGUAAGUGAGGCAGUUCUUGAUCAUUUGUGUGCUGAAAAUAACGCCAAUUGUUGUGAUAAGAAACUGUGUCACACUUAUCGUAUAACACAUUUUCUAUUUCUCAUUAAUAUUGUAUAUGUAUUUGAAUGAUACAAAUAUGUUUACAAGAUACGAGUGAUGAUUUUUGUAUGUAUUUUUUUUUCCUCCUAAAUAAGAAGAGGGGACAAAUCCAGCAUUGGAGAUUCACAAGUGAAAUAAAAAAUGGUUAUAGAUUUCUUAUUUUAAAA